AUGUAUUCAAAAUUUUCUGUUGCUAUCGAUAUUGUUUGUCAGUUUCGUCAAAAUAAAAUGUUUAAUAAACAUUCGUUGGCAGAAUUCUGUAGUGAUUCUGAUGAUGAAGAAGAUAUUUGGGAUGAAACAAUGACUAUUAAUCGACAUCUCUAUCAAUUAUCAUCAGCAUUACAUUUUCAUCUUAGUCAACAAAAUUUGACAUCAGAAGAUGAUGAUGAUGAAGAACUUCACUUCAGAACUCAUCAUGAAAUUAUGGAUUUAAUGAAUCGAAUAAGUUUUGAUUAUAAAGAAUCGUUAACUGACGUAUCAGAAGCUGAAAAAGAACGUACACUAUCUCCAUUAAUCGCUGAACAAGAAGGUCUAGAACAUCAAUUGAGUGAUAUUGAUGAUGAUGAUCUCUUAUUAGGUAGCAAUGAUGAAUCAGAAUCUGAAGGAGGUACAAUUAUAGGUAACUAA